GACUAUGGACCCGGCCGAGGCCGUGCUGCAGGAGAAGGCGCUCAAGUUCAUGCCCCGAAUACACAUGCCAAAAGAUGGAUUCCAACUUAUAUCUUCUGGAUACCAAGCAUGGCUAAAGCAGUGCUCUAUGCCCAGAUCUCUGUGGCUGGGCUGCUCCAGCCUGGCGGACAGCAUGCCCUCGCUGCGAUGCCUCUAUAACCCAGGGACUGGCGCCCUCCCAGCUUUCCAGAAUUCUUCUGAGAGAGAAGACUGUAAUAAUGACGAGCCCCCUAGGAAGAUCAUUCCCGAGAAGAAUUCACUUAGACAGACCUACAACAGCUGUGCCAGACUGUGCUUAAACCAGGAAACAGUAUGUCUAGGAAGCACUGCUAUGAAGACUGAGAAUUGUGUGGCCAAAACCAAACUUGCCAAUGGCACUUCCAGUAUGAUUGUGCCCAAGCAAAGAAAACUCUCUGCAAGCUAUGAGAAGGAGAAGGAGCUCUGCGUCAAGUAUUUUGAACAGUGGUCCGAGUCUGACCAGGUGGAGUUUGUAGAGCACCUCAUCUCCCAGAUGUGUCACUACCAGCAUGGACAUAUAAACUCAUACCUCAAACCCAUGCUGCAGAGGGACUUCAUCACUGCACUGCCAGCUCGGGGACUGGACCACAUUGCAGAGAACAUUCUGUCCUACCUGGACGCGAAGUCGCUGUGCGCGGCGGAGCUGGUGUGCAAGGAGUGGUACCGGGUGACGUCGGACGGCAUGCUGUGGAAGAAGCUCAUCGAGAGGAUGGUCAGGACAGACUCCCUGUGGAGGGGCUUGUCCGAGAGGAGAGGAUGGGGACAAUACCUAUUUAAAAAUAAGCCUCCUGAUGGGACUGCACCACCCAACUCCUUCUACAGAGCACUUUACCCCAAAAUUAUACAGGACAUAGAGACAAUAGAGUCAAACUGGCGAUGUGGAAGGCACAGUUUACAGAGAAUCCACUGCCGAAGUGAGACAAGCAAAGGAGUUUACUGUUUACAAUACGAUGACCAGAAGAUAGUAAGUGGCCUACGAGACAACACUAUCAAGAUCUGGGAUAAGAAUACAUUGGAAUGCAAACGAAUUCUCACCGGCCACACAGGUUCUGUCCUGUGCCUCCAGUAUGAUGAACGGGUGAUUAUUACUGGAUCUUCAGACUCAACUGUCAGGGUGUGGGAUGUGAACGCGGGCGAGAUGCUGAACACGCUGAUCCACCACUGCGAAGCAGUGCUGCACCUCCGCUUCAACAACGGCAUGAUGGUGACAUGUUCCAAGGACCGCUCCAUUGCCGUGUGGGACAUGGCUUCGCCCACGGACAUCACCCUCAGGAGGGUGCUAGUAGGGCACCGAGCCGCUGUCAACGUAGUGGACUUUGAUGACAAGUACAUCGUAUCAGCAUCAGGCGACAGAACUAUAAAGGUAUGGAACACGAGUACCUGCGAGUUUGUGCGCACCCUAAACGGGCACAAACGAGGCAUCGCGUGUCUGCAGUACAGAGACAGGCUGGUCGUGAGCGGCUCGUCGGACAAUACCAUCAGGCUGUGGGAUAUCGAGUGUGGGGCGUGUUUACGAGUCCUGGAAGGCCACGAAGAGCUGGUGAGAUGCAUCCGCUUCGAUAACAAGAGGAUAGUCAGCGGGGCGUAUGAUGGGAAAAUUAAAGUGUGGGAUCUGGUGGCUGCUUUGGACCCUCGAGCUCCAGCAGGGACCCUCUGCCUGCGAACCCUUGUGGAGCAUUCUGGAAGAGUCUUUCGACUUCAGUUUGAUGAGUUCCAGAUCGUCAGCAGCUCGCAUGAUGAUACCAUCCUCAUCUGGGAUUUCCUCAACGACCCAGCUGCCCAAGCAGAAUCCACUCGCUCCCCGUCCAGAACAUACACCUACAUCUCAAGAUAAAUAACACAGACUUGUUUCUGGAACAAAGUUGGCAUGCGGUUGAUCUCAGACAGGGUCUACUCAGCGCGGCUGACUGCUAAAGUGCUGCUAUAUCAGAAGAUGACUUUUAUCUGACAUGAACAAUUAACGUUUUUAAACCUUCCCUUUUUUUCCCCUCUCCCCCAUUUUCCCUUUCACUCCUCUUCCCUGUGCCCUCUUCCCUUCCAGACCCAGUCACAGAUGUCCUAUGAAUAUAUUUAAGAUGUUGCCAGAAUGUCUUGCUUUGCUGUUAAGCGGAAGACUUAUAGCCACAGUGCACCCUGCUGAGAGUCACUUCAGGGGUGGGAGGGUGGGUGGGGAGAAGGCUGCUACUUUCAGACUGAAAUCAAUAUCCAUUGCUGGGCCUUUAUAAAAGCAUUCAACUCUGAAGAGCAAGAGAAACACUUAAAACAGGCAGACCAGGGGUCCUCCUCCCUGCAGCUUUUGGCUGUUCUGACUGCAGAACUAUUUUUUGUGGAGAUAGGACCCUUGAAAUUUGACUAUUAUGAGCCAAAUCCAUCUCUUUUUCCCUCCUGCCUGCUCUGCUAGCCCUUUAGAAGCUGGAUGUGUAUUGUAAUCUCCCCUAUCAUCUGCUUGGCUGGGGAAUGAAAAUGAAAAGCUAAAGCCCCCUCUGCCAAAGUCCCAAGCAUGAUGGCCCGGGGUUGAGCUCCAGUCCCCAUCCCAGUGUGAGCGUUGGCUGAGGGCAGUAUUUCGCUAGGAACAGAGUGCUCUGUCCCAAGGACAAUCUUCCUCCUGACAUUGACCCUGGAGACAGCGUGUUGCUGAUGACUUAGGAAUCGUUGUGUAUGUGGCAUGAGGCCAGGGUGAGGAGGAGAGCUGGACAUUACUCUCCUCUUCCCACCCGCUUUCCCCUCGGAGAGGCAGUAGCCCCGUGCUGGAAGCGGGAGCUGCUGAGAACCUUGCGGAGCUCUUGAGCCUUCCUGGCAGGAGUGGGGAUGCUACCUGAGUAYUCUGGCCACGACAGCAAGAUUUUGCUCGUAUGCCCAGCGGUGGGACACUGGCCUCCACUGGUGGCAACUGCGUAACUGAAUGUGGCCAUGAGUGUGGCCAGUAAAUUCAGCAGUAGCUCCAGGACGGUUCUACAGCAUUUCUGUGGCUGUCCCUCCCAGAAAGCAUUAGGAGGGAGAGCCCUUGGUGCACUUCCCUAAUCUAUGUGUGUGCUGCAUUACAGUUGAGGGGCACAAGGCAAUUAGUCCCUUUACUGAUAGCUGGGCUGGGUCUUUGCUUUGCAGCUGAGGCUUUUGUGAGCUGACAUAGUUGAGAAAAGUAGCCCCAAAGAGGAGGGGGAACAGUUCUGCAUGUCUCCAAAGUAGACAAAGAGGUCUGGGAGAAAACAGCUGUUUCUACAGAACCAAAAAGAAUUGCAGCAGGCCUGCGUUUGGAUCAGAAAAGCCUGUUUAAAUCAGACCCAGGUUAUUCCAAGCUGAACCCACAUUUUCACUGUGGGUCUUGAGUAACCUGCACUGCUUCAGUAGGGUGUUGCUGCAGUCCCACAGGCAGAAAGCAGGGCCCUUUGUCUCUGGGGCAGAGAAGCUUUAAACAGUUAGUAACACCUCCUAAAUGGGAACUUGGCAGAUGGGAAAUUUUGUUUAGCCGUUCUCAUCAACUCCACUUUGCUGCGGAAGCAGUUGCAGUGUUUCUGMGUGCUUGGGAUGCAGUUUUUCCACCAGUGAAAUUUUGCAAGGAGCUGAGCUGAGCGUCCCCAGAGAGCAGUGCAGAGGGUUUGAAUCAUUUUGGUGACAGCCAACACGGACAAAAGGCAGUGGAGUUAGGGAGGAAGGGGUAGCCAGUGCUUGCAGAGUAACCAGUACAGCUCUAAAAGCGCAUGAGCAGCAGUGUUAAGCACCCAGCUGCCUGGAUUUUCACUGAGGCAAGAAACUGCAUCAGUGCUGAAGAGCAGCUCACAGCAUGUGGUGACACUCCUGUUUUCAKGCUUUUUUGAACUACCGUUGUAGGAAGAGUCAAACAUAUUAAAUCUCUUAAAGUACCACUGACAGCAUAACCUGUGGCUGCAGAGUUCUUUAAGUUCUGGAUUUCAGUCACAAGGUCAUCGCAGUAAUUACGGCCCUGCUUCCAGUCUAGGAAGGCUGAUUGGGAUUUCAGACAGUUAAGCAUAGCACAUAUACUGCAGUCCCAAAUCAAAACAGGCUGGAGAGUAUAGAGAAUCGAAGUUUACAUCCCAAACUUCCCUGAACUCAAGUUAUGAGUCUUAGAUCCUCUAAGUUCCAUUUUUACAAGGUCUGUAGUUUAGUCACCUGUAAGCAGCACACACAACCUUAGCUGCUGAUUUAAUAGUCAUUUUCCAUCUUUAGUUUGUCUCCUCUUCUGUCUUCUACCUUCAGAUUAUUGUAGAAAGCAGUGAUCUAUUCUCCCAGCCUCUGAAGGUGUGUAAUAUUUUAACUGCAUCUUUGGGGCUGAAAGAAUGCCUUUUUUUUUUUUAAUGGCUAAUUAGGAGAGUUUGGGAAAAAUAAAAGACUAGUUGACCAAACAGAAACAACACCACCACUGCAGUUUGUUGUUGGUUGUCAUAGCCCUGCUGCUCCAUGCUGCUAUUUUGCAACUUCUAAGCACUGUGGGGUACUAGAGUGGUACCCCAGUUUGAACUCUGCUGUAUAGAGCUGUUUAAGGUACAAUUUGCGAGCAACAGCUGAAUUCCAUGUGUAGCAAAUGGCAAGAACAGUGUCACAUUGUCAAGAGGGGACUGUGUCUGGGUACUUAAAUACAGAACUGCUAAGUGGGGAGGGUUUCUGCCCCAGUUUCUCAGUUGUACACGUUUUCUGAUAGCUGAGAAGGAAACUGAAGUUAUCUGAUCUAACUUAAACUUGAAUCUGCCACAGCUUGACAUUGGUUGGUGUUCAUUGUGCACCCAGGGAGGAGUAAUCUGGUAAGUAGAUCUCCCAGUGUCAGAAGAAAGUGGCUUGUGUGUGAGUGUGAGUGUGCAAGAGUGCCUGUGAGAGAGAGGUUUUAGCACGAACCGAAGGGGUCAUCCCUCAGCCAAGCCAGGUUGGAGUCUUUGCAGAGUUUGUAAUGAACUAGAAGAGACAAAAACAAGGGGUGGAAUUGUCUGUGGGCUUUAAGUGUUGCACAUCACUCUGAAAUGGAAUGAAAUGAGAUGAAAUCUCUGCUGCRUAGAGGUCCUUGCUUCUGCCACAAGUAGGACGCUCACACUGCCCUUCCCCCUUGGACUAUGGGAUCGAAAGUACUGGAGAUGUGGGACUUACAGAGCAGGACAAUCCAUCGUGGCCGUUCCAUCUCCUGCUUGUGACUCCUUUGGCAAUGGGCACAGUUUUGCUGCAAAUGUUUCUCAUCCUCAGAGGAGUACAGCUUGCUUUAAAAUAUGCAAAUAGAAAAUGGCAUGAAGGAAUUUGCAGCGAGAGAAUUUCUGCAGCUGUCUCUUCCGGAGCAGCUCCCUCUGCUCCCCGGUAACUUUCAGGGACAGACAUGUUCUCUGUUGGAACAGAAGGAUUUGGGUGACAAGUUUAGAAGUCUGUGAUCAUCAGAAAUGCUGAAUGCUUUAAACUCAUUUCUAAACUGGAAGCUGACUUGGACCACCAUGCUCUACCUACCCACUUCCUGCUCCAAAGGAUCCUUUUACUUUUUUUUUUUCUUUUUUCUUUUCUUUUUUUUUCCUUUUGAACACUGAAAAAGCUGGAGAGUAACAUGUCCAUUUCCCAGGUAUGGGUUUCCUGCUGCAGCCACUCAGUCCUUUCUCAGUCUGAGCAGAACUCCAGGCUUGGGUCURAGGUUCUUGGCAUCCCAACUCCAAUGAGGAGUUGUUGAUGUUCCACACAUCYCCAGGUCGAGCUCUUUCCCUAAUUCUCUUAGCUUCCUUUAAUACCAUUUAAGGUUUGCUUUUUGUGGCUAAUGAUUCCUAAACUGGCUUGUGAGGGAGCAUUUGUGGUUGUCCCAUGGUACAAGCGGCUCUUCCUAGGUAGGGAAGCUGAUGAGAUGGAGCAGCCAGUCUUCCUGCUGCAGACUGGCUCUUAACUGUGAGAGGAAAAGGAGGAGAUAAGCCAUAUGGUUGAAAGCUAGGAGAGGAGGAUGGGGAUGGAGAUGGAUCUCUACAGAAGUGGGGACAAUACUGAAAAUAGCCUAGCUUGUGUACUUGGCUCAGAAGAAAGGAGAUGUUCUGUGGAAACAUUGAAGGGCAUCAGGAGGUAAUGGAGUCAUGCCCCCAAGGGCUGAGCUCCUCAGCUGCUGCCCCCUUUUAGGUUGCACUGGGGCAUGAGGAGAGAGGGAGAGUCUAAAUUACACUGGCCAAGAGAUGAAUGAACUUUGCCAGGGUCUCCAAGUGGCAUGCAUGAUGCAUCUGACAUGCUGAGCCUUGCCCUGCUGUUGUCCCCCCAGAAGCAAUAAGCUCUAGGAGAGGGGAACGGCGAGUUACCAAGCUGUCCCCCAGAGGAGGUCUUCGUAUGAAAUCCCUCCUUCCUCCUGUCAGCACGUCCCUGCUGGCCCGAUUGGCAUGAGGGGCCCGCAGUCACUGUGUCCCCACUUCUGACACAGAGAAUCCUUUGUCACAGAAGCACCCGGGCUCUCGGGUGCCUCCCUUCUCCCCAACCUCAGCGGCAGGUUGAGAAGAACGGUUGCCUGCCGAGGCUGAGCAUUUGACUUCCCCUUCUUUGCCCCUCACCCUGUUUUUUUUUGGGUGUUUUUUUUUGUUUGUUUGUUUUAUUUUUUAAUGAGGUGUAGCCUUCUGGCUACUGGCAGAUUCCCAAAGCUUCUCUCCCAGAGCCAGCCUUGACAUACUGCCAGAAUAAAUCAUCCUUUGUCUUGUCAGAAAGCGGUUCCCUUGACUUUCUGCUUGUUUUCAAAGACCAUUGGUUUCCUCCCUUUGCCCAGUGGUUAUCCCAUGGAAGUUGUCACCCAUGAUUGAUCCUCAGUGAUGCUAAGGUGAUCCUCUCAAAAUUAUGGGGAUUUUGAGCAAAGAUCUGUUAGCAUGCUGCAACCAACUCCUAAAACAGGUCCUCUGCUUCAGCAGCUGAUCCCCUAGAAAGUUGCUGUGAUUUCUGCUCAGGCAGGAAACAGUGGCCAGAAAAAUGAGCGUGAAACAGCAGCCCCCCACACGGAGCCCCGUGCCUCUGUUAGGAGUUACAGCCUUYACAAGCAGAGCGUGGUGAUGUGUUAGUGCUGUAGCACGGGUUUGUGGAAGAGCCACRUCCCACUGCUGGGAAGGGUUGUCCCAAACAGUUUGCAGGGCUGGCGAUUGAACUUGGAGCUGGCUGUGAAAACGUCYGGGUGCUCCGAUGUGGGAUUGUCCCGUUGGGGACAUAGCUCUGCUUUUGGCUACUUUGUCCUUCACAUGAAGCAUCCCAGGGCCCAUCCUAGCCACAGCUCUGAGGUGGCAUAAAAAUACUUYGGACAUUGAGCUGAUCUGAUUUCUCCCAAGCAUUUUACCCCACUGCCUUUCUCAGAGCUCUGUGCCUACCAAGCCAGCCUAUGCUGCAUCACUCCGACCUGCUCAGACUGAGAGGGAUGUGGAAGUGCGAGAGGCGAGAAAGAACAUGGUUUCUCCAGAGUUUUCUGUUUGUUACUGCUCUAUUUGUUAUC